CUUGAUAACAGCUGCUGGGAGUGUGACUCUCUGCUGAAGUUGGUGGGUGUCCCUGAUAUUAAUAUAGAUGCACACACACAGAGAGAGAGGCACGCCCUGUAAACAGCUUUGGCUGCCCUGGAGGAGAGUCAGAACGGCUUCAAGAUGGGAGGCCAAACUUCUCAGCUCUUCACCGUCCCUGAGCAGCAGGAGAUCAUGAAAGAAACUGGCUUCUCGGAAGCUAAUGUUGUGCGCCUUUACCAGCGGUUCCAGGCCUUGGACAAGGAUGAAAAAGGCUUCCUCAGCAAAGAUGACUUCGAAGGGAUCGGAGAACUAGCAGUGAACCCCAUCGGCGACCGGAUCAUUGAUGCCUUCUUCCCAGAUGGGAGAGAGACUACGGACUUCCGGACAUUCACUCGUGUGCUGGCCCACUUCCGGCCAGUGGAAGGACCCGGAGGCUCGCAGAACGCCAACAGCCGGCUUAGCAAGCUGAAGUUUGCUUUUCAGCUCUACGACCAAGACAAGGAUGGGAAGAUCUCCCGAGCAGAAAUAUUACAGGUGCUGAGAAUGAUGAUUGGGAUCGAGGUGACGGAUGAGCAACUCGAGAGCAUCACAGACCGAACCAUCCAAGAGGCCGAUAAGGACGGAGACAACGCCAUCUCCUUUGAGGAGUUUGCAAAGUCUGUGGAAAAGCUGAACAUUGAACAGAAGAUGAGCCUCCGGAUCCUGAAGUGAUCCAUCAGGGACCAGAGAAACCCCUGACAACUUGGGAAAUGAACAAGCCUGGCUCCUGGCAGCAAAGGAUGCAGUUGCAAAAACAUGUGGGAUACUGUCGGAUCUCAGCUCUGCUCCCGAUGGGCCGCAAAGAAACCAAAUUAGAGAUCUCCAUCUAACAAAGAUCCCUCACUGACAACAAGAUGGGAUCAAGAGCUGCUGACCAACAGAGGCCUGCCAUUCCAUCUGCCGUGUCUAAACAGACCUCCAUGACAAUAUUUCAACUAGAAGCGGCACUACCUUUUCCCCAUUUUCUGAGAAGCUGUGCACUCCCUACCCCAUGCACUGAAAUACACAUCAAACCAGAUUUUCUUUUCCUUAACAGGAGGGUGCAGAAAGCAACUCUGGCACCUUCCCCUCCCCAUUCAUUGCAAGCGAGCCCAAAGCCAUAACCUUGUAGAGAAACUGUGGCGCAUCAUGCAAAUGAUUACUUCCUUUGGAAAAGCCCCCAAUAGCAUGGGGGGCAUGGGAAAGAGGAGUUCAUACUUUUGUGACCUCCCCUCCUUUUACAAAAAGCUUCACAAAGGCAGUAGAAUUUAAUGCUGCCAGACAGCAAACAAACGAGUCAGAAUUCAUUUCCGGGAGAUUUGAUUUCAAGGUUUCAUCGAAAAGGUAAUACAAACUGGAACUGUGGCACUGGUAUCUGAAAACCUCUUUGGGAGUUAUCGUUCUUCGAUCGCAUUUUCAUUCAUUAAAAGAUACGCAGAUUGCAUCCACACAAA